ACAUCAUAUAGUAUGCCUUUAAAUUUGGUACCAUAUAAGGAAACGCUCUCAAGGUACAUAAAGCAAAUAAUUCAGAAACCCAGUUCUCCCAAACACUUCAAAUUAACAAAAUAAGAUAAGAAUUAUAUGAGUUCUGUGCCAAUGGAGACCUUCAGUGUAGAGAAGAAUCAUCAACAGCAUCAGAUGGAUGUUGAAGCAGGUGAUCGAAUUGAGAGAAGACAAUGGGUGCUUGAUUCUCCUGAUCCACCACCUCCAUGGAAGGAGCUUCUCUGUUCAAUCAGAGACACAGUUUUUCCUCCUCAACUUAUACACAACAAACACUCUUCUUCUUCUUCUUCUUCAUCUUCAUCAUUGAGAGCAACUGCGAAAUGUCUACGAUCAUUCAUGGAAAGUCUGUUUCCAAUCCUUCGUUGGGGAAAGAAUUACAAAGCUUCUAAGUUCAAAAGCGACCUGAUGGCUGGUUUAACUCUGGCUAGUCUUAGCAUUCCUCAGAGCAUUGGAUAUGCAACUCUAGCACAUAUUGAUCCUCAAUAUGGCCUCUAUACAAGCGUUGUUCCUCCUCUGAUAUAUGCUUUAAUGGGGAGCUCAAGAGAAUUAGCAAUUGGACCAGUAGCUGUGGUUUCCAUGUUGCUGUCUUCUCUGGUUCAGAAAAUUGUUGAUCCUGUAGCCAACCCUGUUGCUUACAGAGCACAAAUUUUAACUGUCACUUUCUUCGCCGGAAUCUUUCAAGCUGUGUUUGGAUGCUUUAGGUUGGGUUUUCUGGUUGAUUUUCUUUCACAUGCUGCAAUUGUUGGAUUCAUGGCAGGAGCAGCUAUUGUUAUUGGUCUUCAACAGCUCAAGGGUCUGCUAGGAAUCAAUCACUUUACUACACAAACUGAUUUGGUCUCUGUUUUGAAGUCCAUUUUCCAAUCCAUUCACCAGCCAUGGUACCCAUUGAAUAUUGUCCUCGGUUGUUCAUUCCUCAUAUUUCUCCUAAUCGCCAGGUUCAUUGGUAGAAGAAACAGAAAGCUCUUCUGGUUGCCUGCUAUAGCUCCCCUUAUAUCAGUGGUAUUGUCAACUUUGAUAGUGUACUUAACAAAAGCCGAUAAACAUGGAGUGAAAAUUGUAAAACACAUCAAAGGUGGUCUCAAUCCAAGUUCAGUUCAUCAGCUUCAACUCACCGGCCCACAUGUUGCACAAGCUGCCAAAACAGGACUCAUUUCUGCAAUCAUUGCUCUCACGGAGGCAAUUGCUGUUGGUCGAUCCUUCGCAUCAAUCAAUGGAUACCAUCUUGAUGGGAACAAGGAAAUGGUAGCUAUGGGGUGCAUGAACAUUGUUGGAUCUCUUACUUCCUGUUACGUGGCAACCGGUUCAUUCUCACGAACAGCGGUGAACUUCAGCUCAGGGUGUCAAACAGUGGUAUCGAAUAUUGUAAUGGCCAUAACGGUGCUUGUGUCGCUUGUAUUGUUUACUAAGCUCUUGUACUUCACUCCCAUGGCUAUUCUUGCUUCAAUAAUCCUGUCAGCUCUCCCUGGACUUAUUGACAUCAACGAAGCUAUUCAUAUUUGGAAGGUUGACAAAUUAGAUUUCUUGGCUUGUGUUGGUGCUUUCUUUGGUGUCUUGUUUGCUUCGGUGGAGAUUGGUCUUCUUGUUGCGGUAACAAUCUCUUUUGCAAAGAUAUUACUGAAUUCAAUUCGACCAGGGAUAGAAGCACUAGGGAGACUCCCAACAACAGAUAUCUUCUGUGAAACCAAUCAAUACCCCAUGGCUGUGAGAGCUCCAGGCAUCUUGGUCAUCCGCAUGAACUCUGGCUUACUUUGUUUUGCUAAUGCCAAUUUCGUGAGAGAAAGGAUAAUGAGGGGGGUGACAGAAGAAGAAGAUAAUGGGGUUGAAGGGAAUGCAAAAGGAAGAGCAGUUAAACUAGUAGUUCUUGAUCUAUCCAAUGUAAUGAAUAUUGACACAUCGGGAAUUUCUGCAUUGGAGGAGCUGUUAAGAAAGUUGCUUUUGCGUGGCAUAGAAUUAGCAGUUGCCAACCCAAGAUGGCAAGUGAUUCACAAGCUAAAGGUGGCAAAGUUUGUGGAUAAAAUUGGAGGAGACAAAAUUUUCCUCUCUGUUGCCGAGGCUGUCGAUGGAAGCCUUGCCUCCAAAAUGUCUACCACUCAUACUCUUACCACCUGUUGAUUCUCUGUCUUUACAUGGUCUUACAUAUUGCAGACAUACUAAAAAUCGGCUAUUACGUAAAAGGGCUAAAAAUUGUAAGACUAUACAUGUAUUAUGAGUGAAUCAGUGAAAAUGGCUUCUUCUUCCUAUA